AUGGAGGGGAUAGUUUGCCUAUUAAUGCCACAAUGUAGGCCCAUAAAUUCUUUGUUUUAAGCUAACUGGAAAGAAAGGGGUCAGCUAAGAAGUUCUGUAAUUAUUUAGAUAGGUAAAGAGAUUUUAGGACAGGAGUCAUUUAUAUGUGUUGCUUUGUAAAGAUUACUCCCUGUCUGUACAUAUGGUAAAAUGUUAAUUGUGGUCUUCUAUUAAUUUUGUGUGUUUGGUCCAGAGGCCUUAGGAUUGCUGUUUAAAAUAUGCUGAGCUAAUACUCACAACUUUCACAUUGUAAUUUGAUAUCAAUAAAUAUCAGUUUCAUAUGAGAGAGAUGCUAGAAGUGAUAUCCUCAUUUGUUCUGUAAAGUUUAAUCUUUAUUUUAAGGUAAGCAUAAAUGUAGCUGGCAGUGAUUUUAAGUGUUAGAAUACAUAUGAAGAAACCCCAUCUCUUUUACUCUUCCCUUUUCUGUUCUUACUCUCAUUUUUAGCAUCUGGCUGGCAGUUUUUCUAAUUGUGAGAUUGUGUGACUGUUGAUAAAGCUUGUGAGUGCUAUCUUAGUUCUCAGCUUUAGGUCAUAUUUUCUGUAUUCCCAGAGCUCUUCCUUGAACAAGUAUAUUUAAAUGGUUGAUUUGAGACUUUUCUUGUUAUAAUUUUCUGUUGUAAAAUGAGAGAACCAAAUAUUUUGGUAGCUUGUUCCUUUCAUCCUGAUUAACUCCCUGAUGUUUGAAGUUGUUUUCCUUAAGUUGUCUUUUCUUCCUCUUUGGUGGUGCUUACUUACUACAUUUUCUAAUGUUUUAAAAUGGUGACAUUAUUUUAUUCCUAGAUGUCAUUUGUCAGAGUGAACCGUUACAGUCCCCGGGGAGGUGGAAGAAAAGUAUUAAAGCUAAAGAAGAAGAAACCUUCAGUGAAGCAAGAAUGGGAUAAUACUGUGAACGAUCUAACAGUUCAUCGGGCAACGCCUGAAGAUCUGGAACGCCGUCAUGAAAUACAUAAAUCAAAGAAUAGAGCAUUGGCACACUGGGAACUCCAAGAAAAAGCUCUGAAGAGAAAAUGGAGAAAGCAGAAAACAGAAACUUCCAAUCUUGAGAAAAGAAAGUUAUCUAUCAUGAAGGAGAUUCUUUCUGAUCAAUACCAGAUGCAGGAUGUAUUGGAGAAAUCUGAUAAUUUGAUGGCUGUAGCAAAAGAUCUGUUUGCUCCUCGAAGGCGCACAGGGUUUCCUAAUGUAACAAUGGCUCCUGAUUCCUCUCAGGGUCCAAUCGUGGUAAAUCAAGACCCUAUCACUCAGUCCAAUCUUGAUGAAUGUCUCAUAGAACCUCAGGCUCUUAAUGAAGUUGAUGAUGAAGAAGGAACUGUUAUUAGCCAGUCAGAAGAAAGCGAGAAUGAGUUUGAUAACUCCCUAAACUCUCAGUCUAACACGAACACAGAAAGGUUUCUGCACCAACUAAAGGAAGAGAAUUCUGAGUUAAUUAAUAAACUGUGGAAUGAUGUUCAGCAGAAAUUGGCAGCACAGUCCCACAUGGUAACCCCGCCAGGGACUCCGUCAUCUGCUCUGUCAUCAAACCAAAGAGCUGCUCUGAAUGCUACCAAUGCCGUCAAGAGAAUCCAAACCAGGGUUCCAUCCGAAGAAUCUUCUGCGACUCUAGGCUCAGGCUACACUGUGGGACAAGUGCUGAAUUCAAGAAAGCCAAAGCAGCUGUCACAUAAAGUGAAAAGAAAACCAGAUUUGCAUACUCCUUCCAAGCAAAAGAAUGUGUCAGCUAGCACAACCUCUGCAGACUUACCCAGCAGCAGUAAUUCCAGCCUGGAUGUUCUCAAACACAUGAUACAUGAGGUGGAGCAUGAAAUGGAAGAAUACGAGAGGUGGACGGGGCGUGAGGUCAAGGGCCUGCAGAGUGGGCAGGGGCUCACAGGCUUCACCUUGUCGCUGGUGAGCUCUCUCUGUCGUCUGGUUCGAUACCUGAAAGAGAGUGAACUUCAACUUCGUAAAGAAGUAGAGACAAGGCAGCAACUAGAGAAAGUAUUAGGUGAUCAUCGAGAGCUCAUUGAUGCUCUAACAUCUGAAAUUCUUCUUCUUAGAGAAGCAAAUACUACUAUACAGGCCAGACUUCAGCAGUACAUGGUGUCUACUGACGAGCAACUUAUAUCACUCACACAAGCCAUUAAGAGCUGUCCUGUGAUUAAUAACAGCAGACAAGAAAGUCAGGCAGCAGAAGGGAGAGCCACAAGUAGUAUUACGGACAGUCCAGAGGCUCCAGCUGCAGAUGCCAGUGUCUCUGUGCCGCUCACAUUCAGAGGGGAAGAAGUGGCUGCAUUUCCACAGGAAGAGAUGCCUGUGAAGCUCUCUCAGGGGCCAGCCCUUCCAGAGAGUGCAAAUCUGGGCAGCAAUUUCCCAGCACGUGUUUUUGAGCCAGCUGUCUUAUUAACGCCACCCCGCCAGAAGACUAACUCAGAAUUCUCUCCUCUACAGGAUGUGUUGAGGAGGACUGUUCAGACUCGUCCUGCCCCACGAAUUCCUCCAACUGUAGAAAUGAUUGAGAAAGAACAGAACUGGGAAAAGAAGACGUUGCCUGUUGAUGCAGACAUUCACAGUUCAAGUGAAGAGAGUCGUCUCUUUACUCAGAGGUGGAGAGUAUCUCAUAUGGGAGAAGAUUUGGAGAACAAAACUCAAGCUCCAUUCAUUAACCUCUCACAGCAGCUCUGCAGUUCCCAUUCCAACUCUCAGCAGAAGAGAAACCACACGUUCUCUGAUGAGCCCCCAGUACUGGGAGAUGGACAACAACUUAGAACAAAUGAGGCAGUAAUGCAAAGAAAAGACAUAGCAGCCCGAAUUGCUGAAUUGACAUUGCAGAAUUCAGCCAUCAAGGCACAUCUGAAUAAUAUCACUGGACCAGGGGGCGAGCAAGGGGAUGGACUCCGGGGUUUGAACAAACAGGAAAGUGCUGGCGAAAUGACUGCUUCUUUUCCAGCAGCGCAAUCUCUGACACCAAGCAGCAUGGAGGAACGGAUUGCUGAAUUGAAUCGACAGAGUAUAGAGGCUCGUGGAAAACUCCUGCAGUUGAUAGAGCAACAGAAGCUUGUUGGUUUGAGUCUUUCCUCUCCACCAGGAUCACCAGUUCAGUCACCUCUCAGAACAUGGAAUGAAGGAACGAAGAGGACCAUUGAGAUAUCUAUUCCAGGAGCAGAUGGCCCAGAAAGCUCGAAGUGCAGUACUGUCUCCCCUGUCACUGGCACCAAUACUAGGAGAUCUUCAGGAGCUACUAGUAAUGCUUGUUCUCCAUUAAAUGCCACUUCAGGAAGUGGACGAUUCACACCUGUUAAUCCAAGAUCAAAGAUUGAGAAACAAAAUGAAGAAGGCUGGUUUGCUCUUUCCACGCAUGUGUCAUAAGAGUUUUACCAAUGUGUUAUAAUUUUUCUUGACCUUCUACCCUCUCCCUGUUCUUGUGUUUUAAAGCGUUUACAUUCUUUUAGAUAAAACAAAGUACCUGUGAAUUAAUGCUGAUGAAACAGACCCAAAAAUGUGCAAUUAAUUUUUUUUUACCUUUAUAGUAACCAAAUAACAUGUAAUUCCUUGUGAAUAAAAGUUUGACUGUAGGAAGAUGAAAGUUAUAAUAUGCUAAUGAUUUCUUAAGUAUUUUAAAGUUUUUCUGUUGAGUAAUGCAUUUUUAUCUUUAUUCAAAUUCUUUUUGUUUUUUUUGUCUAAUGUAUUUUAAGUGUUGAUCUGCUUCAUUUUUACCCUUGAAGAACUAAGUUGUUUUUGCACACAACUUGAAAGAGUAAGGCUUUCAG